AUGAUGUCGCAAGCGGAGGUGCGUGCCGUUCAUCAUGCAUAUCGGGGGUUUAAAACACAUUUAAUAGGCCAUUGGAUAUUCGCAUACGCAACGACGAUGCGCAUUAUGAAAAAAGAAAACGCGCAUUCACAAACGUUAGUGGCGGAAACCAACGCUAUAGAUAGAGAGUUUUGCACUCGUACAGAAUACGAGCUACUUGGAGUUACGUCGCAUCAGAGGAGAAUCAUGCGGACAGCAAUAUGCAGAUGGCGAAUCCCACAAAACUUUGGACGUUGCAAAGUGGUGGAACUUGCGAUGGGGGAGAGCGGAAGGCAGGAUAAAAGAGUUUCCCUGCACCCCCAUUUUCGCCAGUUCUGGUAUUUAUUAGGGAAGGACCUUUGUGGUAAUAUAUAUAUAUAUAUUGCGGGAAUGGAGGGUUUAAGGCGAUAA